CACGGCACGCACGUCGCGUCCGUCGCGACGGGCUUCGGCCUCGGCGUCGCCAGGUGCGCGACGACGCACCCCGUGCGCGUCUUCAACGCGGACGGCCGAGGGACCACCGCGCGCGUCCUCGACGGCCUCCGGUGGGUCGCCGACCGCGUGAAGAACGGCACGAGUGGCGGCGCGCUUCGACCCGCGGUGGCGCUGCUGUCCAUCGGCGGAACCCGAUCGAGCGUCUUGAACGCCGCGGUGGACGCGUUGAGCGACGCGAGCGACGUCGUCGUCGUCGUCGCCGCGGGGAACCAGGGCGAGGACGCGUGCGCGCACUCGCCGGCGUCGUCGCGUCGCGCGAUCGCCGUCGGCGCGGUCGACGCGACCGAUCGAAGGCUGGGGUUCAGUAACUACGGGCCGUGCGUGGACGUGUUCGCGCCGGGGACGGACGUGCGCGGGGCGGUUUCAGCGUCGGUCUCCGCG